CGGUCCCGCCCCCGCGAGGCGCCCAGUCAGCGGACUAGAAGAAGGUGGGCUGCGCGGCGGGCGCAUGCGCGCUGCGGACGCUGGUGCGGGACAGCUGGCGCCGGCAGCAGCCUGCUGGCGGGAGGUGGAGGCUCCGGAGCUGGCUGUGCUGCAGAGGUGCAGCAGCCGCCGCCCCUGCACCUAAGGAACCUCGGCUGCCAGCGCUUCCUCACUUUUGGAAAUGGCGGGUGAAAUUACGGAGACCGGGGAACUCUAUUCUUCCUACGUUGGGCUGGUGUACAUGUUUAACCUCAUCGUGGGCACGGGCGCACUCACCAUGCCCAAGGCCUUCGCCACCGCCGGGUGGCUUGUCAGCCUCGUCCUGCUGGUGUUCCUGGGCUUCAUGAGCUUCGUGACCACCACCUUUGUGAUAGAGGCCAUGGCUGCAGCCAACGCGCAGCUCCGCUGGAAGAGGAUGGAGAACCUCAAGGAGGAGGAAGAUGACGACUCCUCCACAGCCUCAGACAGCGAUGUUCUCAUCCGGGACAACUACGAGCGGGCAGAGAAGCGGCCCAUCCUGUCUGUGCAGAAACGUGGAUCUCCCAACCCAUUUGAAAUCACAGACCGGGUGGAAAUGGGACAAAUGGCCUCCAUGUUCUUCAAUAAAGUGGGGGUCAACUUGUUCUAUUUCUGCAUCAUCGUUUACCUGUAUGGGGACCUUGCCAUCUAUGCUGCUGCCGUGCCCUUCUCCCUCAUGCAGGUGACCUGCAGCGCCGCUGGCAACGACUCCUGCGGUGUGGAAGCAGACACCAAAUACAAUGACACCGACCGGUGCUGGGGGCCCCUGCGCCGAGUGGACGCCUACCGCAUCUACUUGGCAAUCUUCACUCUCCUCCUCGGACCAUUCACCUUCUUUGACGUCCAGAAGACCAAGUACCUGCAGAUCCUGACCUCUCUGAUGAGAUGGAUCGCUUUCGCCGUCAUGAUUGUGCUGGCCCUGGUCCGCAUCGGGCAUGGACAAGGGGAGGGGCACCCGCCCCUGGCCGACUUCUCGGGGGUCCGGAACCUGUUUGGGGUGUGCGUCUACUCCUUCAUGUGCCAGCACUCUUUGCCGUCCCUCGUUACCCCGGUCUCCUCCAAGCGCCACCUCACAAGGCUGGUGUUCCUGGACUACCUGCUGAUCCUGGCCUUCUACGGCCUCCUCUCCUUCACCGCCAUCUUCUGCUUCCGCGGCGACAGCCUCAUGGACAUGUACACCCUCAACUUCGCGCGCUGUGACGUCGUGCGCCUGGCCGCUGUGCGCUUCUUCCUGGGCCUCUUCCCUGUCUUCACCAUCAGCACCAACUUCCCCAUCAUUGCCGUGACCCUGCGCAACAACUGGAAGACGCUCUUCCACCGCGAGGGCGGCACGUACCCGUGGGUGGUGGACCGCGUCGUGUUUCCCACCAUCACCCUGGUGCCGCCUGUGCUGGUGGCCUUCUGCACCCACGACCUGGAGUCGCUGGUGGGUAUCACAGGGGCCUAUGCGGGCACCGGCAUCCAGUACGUCAUCCCCGCCUUCCUGGUGUACCACUGCCGCAGGGACACCCAGCUGGCCUUUGGCUGUGGGGUCAGCAACAAGCACAGGUCCCCUUUCCGCCACACCUUCUGGGUGGGCUUCGUGCUGCUCUGGGCUUUCUCCUGCUUCAUCUUUGUCACGGCCAAUAUCGUCCUCAGCGAGACCAAGCUCUGAUGGCAGGACAGGCAGAUCUAGUGACGGGAGGCAUAGGGGCCCCAGCCCCACCCCUCGCCCGCAGAGCCCAGAUUUAGUUGCUCCCAGGUCUUCAUGGGGCAGGUGGGACUGCGGCUCUAGGGGAAACCCCCUGUCCAGCUGGGGGUCUUCUCCCCACCCCACCUUCCACCCAGUCCGCACCAGUCCUCACUCCCCCGGGCAGCUCUCCCACCAGGUCCUCCUGCCUGGGUGACACAUGGCUGCUCCCAAGUUCUAGGACUCAUGACUGGAAUCACACCCCUCUCCUACAUCUUCCAACAUGUUCACCGCCACCCCACCUCCACGGCGGGCUCCUCCCUGCACGGUGGGAGAUGCAGUGCUGGCACUGCCAUCCUUUGUCCCAGACCCAUGCCCCUCCCCUCUCCAGCCCUGUCCUGCGUCCUUGUCUAAGAAACCUCCGCUAGCAACUGCGGCCUCUUCAGAGGCAAAUCCCAGGCUGGAAGCAUCCUAGCCAGGCCUGCCUGUGACAGCAGGGCCCACCCUCCCACCAGGCCUGGGAGGCGCUAGGCGCCACCUCAGAGAGGGCCUGGCUGGCCCCAUGACAAGAACAAGAAGUGCUAACUGGUACCAGAGUCCCCAGAUAGAGCUGCGAGGGCCCUCGCUGUGGGCGCGAGCUCAGGAGUAGCAGGCUGGAUGGAGCGUCCCUUCUAUAGGGACACAGCCGCCUGCCAGCUGGACCUAAAGUCUGGAGCUUGUCCCUGAAAGGGACCGUCUGCUGCCCUCGCUGCCCCGUUGGCGCCCUCAGGGCCUCUCGCAGUGCGGAUGGUCCUACUAGAGGGCAGCCAUCCCCACCUGGCACCUCAGCGGCUUGGCGGUGACAUGGCAGUGGGAGGGCUCUGAGGUUCCCACCCUGACAGUGGGAGGGCUGCCCGUGCUCCCAUUCCAACGCUAAAGGCAGCUCCCUUAGGGGCUGGGUGUGGGUGCUCAGUGUUCACGCUAUGUCCCUUGGGCAAUGUGGGGUUGGAUGGGGCCCCCGCUGCCAUUCCCAUGGAAGGAGGCCAGGUCCCUAGCCACCUCCCACUCAGCCAUGCACGCACUUGCUGGGCUGGCCUCCUAGGAAACACAGGUGACUCGAAUGAACUCUGUAUUUUCAACGUGCCUUCUACUGCUUCAGGACCUGGGGGUCCCCCUGACCCUCACUGGCUUGCCCCCAGCCCUGGUCCCACCUGUCCUGGAGCCGCCUCUCUGGGGUGGGUCUCAGGCCCGACCCCUCCCUCUUUUGAGUUCAGUGCCUUGCUCAGCCCCUCCCCUGUAUCUCGGCGUCUUCAGACCUCUGACAGAGCGACGAUGUAGGGUCUCCUGGGGCCCAAGGGUCUCAAGGUCAGGGGAUGUGGGAUUUGCAGGGAACGCGGGGAGUCCACAGGCUGCGCCACCUCUGCCCUGGCAGCUGAAGCCUGGGAGAGUGCCUGUGCGGUGUGAUUGGCCUCCGCCCGCUUUCUCUCUGCCAACGCACCUCGGCGCUUCUCACAGCUUGUCCCCACGUGUCAUUUUCCAUCCACCGGAAAAAAAAAAAAUGCCCCUUCUCCAUCUGCCAUUGCGGCUUCCUCCCAGGAGACCCCUCAGGAUAGGUAGAGCAGGGGCCUGCAGUGGUCAGGCCAAGAGCAAGGAAGACCUGGCUGCACCCCUGUGGCUGAAAACUCAAAACGUCUGGAAUUACCCUUCUCCAAUUACGUUCCCUCUUGCUUAAAGACAAAGUUGAUUAAAUCAUCCUGCCACCCCAGACUCCAAACCAAAUCUUGGACGCAAAUUCAUGAGCUUCAUAAAGCCCAGGUUAAUUUAUGUAACAGUCUGGAACCGCCCAGCCAUGGAGUCAGUGGCCAUGCUCCCCGCCACCUCUGAGCUGGGGCAGCCCCGGCCCUGGAGGGAACUGGCCCACAGUGACCACAUCGCUGCUGCCAAGUGGGGACCCUCACCACUGCCGUUGUCUAGCUGCUUUGCUCCUCCGUGUCCUCCUGCUGUAAGUCAGAUGAGGUCACCUUCCUCUCCAUCGAUGCCAGGCUUCUGCCGCUGACGGCCAAUGGGGCUUGGGGCAGGGGCAGAGAAACCCAACAGCAAGACAGCCCCGGGUGAUGCUGGCUCUCCACGUGCAUCAGGCACAUUUCACUGCAGCCAUCAUCAACUUGGCAAAGUAGGCAAGUUCAGCUUGUGGUUUCCAUAUUGCAGAUGGGCCCCCGAGGUCAGUGGUGGGGAGAGCAGAAAAGGAUGCCAGCCCAGCCUGGCCCCGGAGCAGGUGUCGCUGUGGAGGAAAGCUUAAACUCAGCAGCCUCUACCCAACGUCUGCCACCUGCAUGGCCCCAGAUGCCCCCAGGGCAGACCAGGUCAAGGUGGUAGUAAACUUUCUUUGCCUCCCUCCCCACAGAAGCACCAGACCCAUCUGAGCCCCAGAGCCUCGUGCCGGCAGCUCCUGGCUGUUCCUCACCUGAGGCUAGAGCAGCAGCUGCUGGCUUACAGAUGGGCCGGAUAGCAGGUGACAGACUGGGAGGCACUGCUGGGUGGUGGAGGUGGGCAGUGGCACCAUGAUGGGCCCUUAGCCACAUAGCCGUCCUCACCACGGGACCAGGAGCAGCCUCGGCAACAGGCAGAGGCCAGAGUGGUGGGGAGGACAGGGGCUGCUGCCCCGCUCCUGGAAAGCCACUGCGGAGGGGCAGUGGCUGGCAGUGCCAGGCCCGGGGGAAGUGGAAGCGUCCUGUCUGGGGCCAUAUUCCCAAGCAAGGGUGACCCAUGGUUAAGGGCCCCAUGGUUAAAGUUGGAGAGAGCUUGGGAUCCCCUCCACCUGGGGCCGAUGGUGUUGAUUGCAGACUGGAGGGAUAACCUCUGCUGUGCGUCAUUAUAUGCCAGGCAUGGCAUUGGGUACUUUCUGCAUGGGCCAGGCAGCUGGGCCUGCCAUUUGCAGGCAGCGAGCCUCCGUGGUCUGUCCUUCCUCAUUUGUAAAGUGGGGUAGCAGCAGCUACGUCACUGGCCAGUUGUGGGGAUUAAAGUGCUGAGCUUAGUGCCCAGCACAAAAUGCUCAAUAAAGCUAUUCAGUGA